AUGACACUGCCAUCAUUUUACUCAGCAUCUCCUAGUUUACUAGCAGGUCGUAGACCGAGAAACACAGAGAAAGUUGGACUUGGCGGUGGAACAGCCGGUUCAAUUAUCGUGAGAAAGCUUUGGGAUGGAUUUCAAAGACAUCAAUGUAAAUCAUUUCAUCAGGCGGCAAGUUCAGCUCCACCGGCUACAGUAUGCAUGCGUCAAACACUGUUCAGUAACAAUGACAAUCAGACGUGUCGGCCAUUAUGCUACACCUAUCGACCGAAAAUUCUGCUUCUGGAGUCUGGACCAAGAAUGAGUUGGUUGACAAAGAUAAUAAGCGAUACACCUCUGUUUGCCCCAUUGCUUUAUGGACGAGGCAUAGAUACUGUUGAUCAGACAACAUCCCAGAAAUCUGCAGCUUUACAACUGAAAAAUAAUGUGAUUUUCUUACCUAGUGGACGUGUUUUGGGGGGAACGGCAGUACUUAAUGCAAUGAUAUUUUCCUGUGGUCAUCCAGAUGACGAAUUGGUUAAACAAUUUCUGAAAAAUGAUCCGGAAUUCUUUUCAACACUAUUCGACGGUAAAAGUGAAGGGUGUCAUUUGAAACCAGAAGUAAUUAAUCACCAGCCAUACAAUCGACUGAUUCAUGAAUAUUUCGAGAAGGCCUUCAGUUUGAGAGGAUCAAAGGUGGAUUCUUUUGGUGCAGCGUGUCAGUCGCACGAAGGACUUCAUAUUCCAAUGGGUUUCGUUCGUAAUGCUCAACGUAUCAGCUCAUUCAGUGAAUGCCUGCUACCACUGAUGAAUGAAAAACCCAAUGACUUAACAGUUAUCACAGGCGUACAAGUCGAAAAAUUACUGUUCACUCGAAGUGACCACGGGAAUUUAUCAGCCUACGGAGUUUUAGCCAAAUACAAAGGUCAUUCUUUUACAAUCAAAUUAAAGAACACUCCCCAGGGGAAGAAAACGAGGUGGAAUCCUGAAAUCAUACUUAGUGCUGGUGCCAUAAAAACUCCAGAAAUUCUAUUAAGUUCUGGUGUAGGUCCAGUCGAAGACUACAGUAAUGAUAAGAAGCCUAAUCUUCUCAAUUUACCCGUUGGGAAAAAUCUUCAUGAUCAUCCAAUGAUCGGUCUGAUAUGCUCUGUCGUAAAUGGGAAAACACUGACAAUGGACAGCUUUACUCUAGCAGAAAUGUUUAAAUAUUAUUGGCGAGGAGAAGGUAUCCUUUCGCAAGCAUCAGCAGUGACUUCUAUUGGAUAUUAUCGAACUAGUUAUCAGAAGGCGGAGAACGACUCUCGACCGGAUAUACAAUACACAAUUAUUUCCGCUUCGCCAUUCGAGAAAGACACCUUCGAAAAUCUGGGCAAUUUUCAGCCGUCUGCUUGGGAUAAAUUCAGUAAAGAUGAAAAUGGUGAGAAUUUCGAAAGUCCUAUCAUCUUACUGGUCACACUAAUCAAUCCUCGUUCAAGAGGUGAACUAAAGAUGCAGAAUAGUGCUAAGAACAACAACAAUAAUAAGGGUGACAACUGUGAAAGUGGACGACUGGACAUUAAUCCCGCCUACUUUAGUGAACAGAGUGAUCUUGAUCGGUUGAUCGAGGGCAUAAUUUGGAUACACCAAACACUUUACUACAUCAACGAGGUGAAUCAACUCACCCGGUCCACAGUGACUACCAGUGAGAAACCAAUCAGCAUAAAGCUACAUUUGCCAAGGUAUUCGGGUUGUCCACAAAUUCCAAAAGCCAAUAGCUCAAGAGACUUUGAGUCAAUUGAAUUUUCUAAAAACUUGAAAGCAGCUGUAACCUGUCUAGCCAAGUCAAUAACUCUUUCAAACUAUCACUUAGUGGGAACAUGCAGCAUGAAGUUACCGAAUGCAAAGUUUUCACCGGUUGUUGAAGACAACUUCAAGUUAAUCGGAGUGAAUAAUGUUCGUAUCGGGGAUGCAUCGGUUAUUUCAAAAAUACCCAGCGGUAAUCCUGCUUCACUUAUUAUGGCUAUUGGUAAUCAAUUAGCUAAAUAUGUGAUAUAUGAAGGCUGGCAAUAG